GGAGAGAGUGGGACAACGACAAAGACCAAAGAGAGAUAGUAGUGUCGUUUUAACGUCUCUUUGUACUUGUCCCCACACCCACACCACACCAUUCUUGUUUAUAUAUAAAAUAAAUCACUACACAUAAUACCCACUCUCUCAAGUCUCACCUCUACUUUUCUCUCUCCUAUAAUGGCAGUUGUUUGGAAAACAGUUAUUAUUUGCUACUUUUCACUAUGGUCUGCACUACAAGUCUGUACAACCACCGCGGCGGCGGAGAGAUCAAAAUUCACGGCGGAGGCGGAGGCGGACAGAGUGAAGAACUUGCCGGGAGAACCCAAAGGAGUGAGUUUUGCACACUAUGCUGGCUACGUUAAACUCACUCCUCACAACAAUCACAAGGCUUUGUUCUAUUGGUUCUUCCAUGCUCAACAAAAUUCUCAUCAAAAACCUCUCGUUCUUUGGCUCAAUGGAGGACCUGGGUGCUCAUCGAUUGCAUAUGGAGCAGCACAAGAGCUAGGCCCAUUUCUUGUCCGAGAAAAUGGAACACUAAUUCUUAACAAAUAUUCAUGGAACAAAGUGGCAAACAUGUUGUUCUUGGAGGCACCUGUGGGAGUAGGGUUUUCAUAUACAAACAAAUCGAACGAUUUGAAUGAACUUGGGGAUAGAGUCACAGCUGAAGAUUCUUAUGCUUUCUUAAAUGGAUGGUUUCAAAGAUUUCCAGCCUUCAAAUCCCAUGAUUUCUAUAUUGCUGGAGAGAGCUAUGCUGGUCAUUAUGUUCCUCAACUUGCUGACCUCAUUUAUAAGAGAAACAAAGGAGCUGGCAAAGAAAAUUCCUUCAUAAAUCUCAAAGGUUUCAUGAUUGGGAAUGCAGUGAUAAACGAUGAAACAGAUUCGAAUGGGAUAUUUGACUACGCAUGGAGCCAUGCAAUCAUAUCAGACCAACUCCACCAAAGCAUAAUCAAAGACUGUAAUAAUAAUAAGCAAGACAACCAAACCGUACUCAAAUGUGCAACCCAUGUUCGAAACUUUCUACAAGCUUAUUCUGAUAUCGAUAUUUAUAGUAUCUACACACCAAUAUGUAUUAAUACUAAUAAUAAUCCUCCUUCUUCAAGACCAAAACUACAUGUUGCUCCACGCCUCUUCACACAACAUGAGUUAUGGGAUCGCGUACCAGCGGGAUACGAUCCAUGCACGGAGAAUUAUGCAGUGAAGUUUUUCAACAGAAAGGAUGUUCAGAAGGCCCUACAUGCCAAUGUGACUAACCUCUCAUAUCCUUACUCCUCUUGCAGUGGUGUUAUUGGGAGAUGGAAUGACUCUCCAGAUACCGUAAUUCCCGUUAUUCGAAGGCUUUUAAAUGCUGGCCUACGUAUAUGGAUCUACAGUGGUGACACUGAUGGGAGGGUGCCGGUGACAUCGAGUCGAUACAGCAUAAAAAAGAUGGGAUUGAAGGUGGUGGAAGAGUGGAGAGCAUGGUUUGAGAAAGACCAAGUUGGAGGUUGGGUUGAGGUGUAUGAAGGUGGGCUAACCCUAGCCACUGUCAGAGGCGCAGGGCAUCAGGUCCCUGUUCUUGCUCCUAUUCAGUCUCUUUCUCUAUUCACUCAUUUUCUCAACCACAAUCAUAAUACUACCUUGCCACCUUCUAGGUUUUAAUUCUAAUUAUUAUUAAUUAAUUGUAAUUCCAAAAACAUUAUUAAAUACAUAUAUCAAUAAAUGAACUUAAUUUUAAA